ACUAUAAAAAAAAAAAAAAGAAAAAAAAAAAAAGAAGGGUUCGCACGACCGAGAUCGAAAUAAAGUCAAACAUGGGGGCCAAGUUCAUCAUUGGAUCUGUUGCUGCAUCCUUCGCGAUCGCCUAUCUGUGUGACAAAUUGAUUGCUGAUUUGAAGAUAUUUGGAGGCACGACUCCGAAAACUGUCGCGGAUAAGGAGUGGUGGGAGGCCACGGACAACAAGUUCCAGGCCUGGCCGCGCACUGGGGGCCCGCCGGUCGUCAUGAACCCCAUCAGGCGUCAGAAUUUCAUCAUCAAGUCUGCCGACUCCUUAAAAUGCUGAGAUGGGGAUCUUUCAGAGGCCAUCUUUCAUUCUCUAUCCGAUGUACAUUCGAAGGUACUUUGCUGCUUCCCCUUUCAUGCAUGGUUUGUAAGUGUAGUAGUAAGAUAAUGUUUUAGGUAUUACUGCAUGCUUACUAGUAAAUGAUUAUGUGUGUGUUUAAUUAGUUUCCGGUUAUCAAGGUUUAUGGGACACAUUCACAUGUAAAUAUUUUGUUCCUAAUAUCUCAUUAGGUUUCAUUAGGUGACAAUGUAUGUACCUUAUGUGAGUAAU